UGCCCCGAGGCGCUAAUAAAAGUAUAAAAUAUAAAUUGCUUGAUAAACAUCAGUGAUGUAUGCUUAGUGUCGGUCAAUUUUUUUGGAUUUAAAAAAAUAAUAAAUUCAUAAAAAUAAAUUAACAACCUCAAAGUUGCACUUGAGCACAGUACAAUACAAGUAAAUAUAUUUACAUUUGACCAGUGUGUGACACUGAAUGUACCUGGGAAUAUUUCUAAAACCAAGACUUGUUUUUCUGGUCUGCAUGCCUGGAUGCAUCUCCAGCUCUCUGCCUCUGAAAAUGUGAUUUCUUCAAACACUUUUAUGUUUGAUUUGUGUGAUUUGUGCUUCACAUGCACUCAGACUGCAGUUUCUCAACCCCUGGGACCCUGAGAGAGAGUGGAAGAAAACAGGCAUUACUUGUUCAGCUCGGUCAAAUCAAAUAAGAUACAGUUACUGUAAAUGCUCUGCUGGAAUUUCAUGUACUUUGUUGUUUCUGUUCUCAGGUCUUACAAGUAUGUUUAUGCAGAUAUUACAGAGCUGUAUAUAUAACAGUUUAUUCAAAUGAUGCUUUGCAGGAAGAGCUCAACAAUUUGGAAAAAAAAAAUGUGCUGUCUUCUACCUUGUCUUCUACCUCCUGUUGGGAAAAGUCGGAGUUCCAACUUUUGAACUUGACUUUGUGAAGGAGUCACACAAGGAUGGCAGCACCCAUGAUAGUGCACAUUAUAAAAGGCAACUUAAAGUAUAUUUACCUGUAUUUAAUUAAAUAUAUACAUACACUGUAAAAAAUGUUUGUAGAAAUUACAGUAAAUCACUGUCAAAUUGCGUCAAAAAAAGGGCAUAAAAUUAAAAAUUGAAUAUCACCAUAGUAGACAAUUUUAAUGACCGUAAAUCAAGGAAUAGAACAAAUUUCUAAACUGUAGAAAACCUGUUUUUUCAUGUAAAAUUAAAGAAGAAAUACAAAAAUGUCACAAGGACAUAAUUACCAUAAAAGUCAGUCUAAAUAAGAAUAUUUUUUUUGCUGAUGUUUACAUUUGAAUUGACAGUAUAAAACCCACUCACCGUAUUUUUUACGGUGAAAUUCUGGCAAAUUAAUAAGAUUUUUUUUACAGUGUACUAUUAUGCAGUAAAACCUAUUUUAUCAACUUCAAGUCUAGUUUUCAGUUUUUCUAGCUAGGCUUUCGAUUCCAAAUUUCCUGAUAUAUUUCUUCGGUGUCCAGACUCUUAUUUGCAUUUUGGCCUUUGCUGCAUUCGUCAUAUUAAUAAAUGUUCAUUAUGGCCUUUAGUCAUGUUGAUAAGCUAAUUUAGACUUAAAUAGUUAGGUAGUUUUUAUCUUUAAUGUUAGGCUCAAAAUAAGUUUUGCGGCUACAUUCCGACAUUUUUUCUCUUUUUUUGGCCACUUAUAGCUCUUUUGUUAGUAAAGGUUGCAGAACCCUGAUAUAAAACAAUCUCAGUGGGUCCAUUCUGCAUAAUGAGUAUGUUUACUUUUGAUACUUCAAUAGGUUUUGAAUGCAGGACUUUUACUUGUAGUGGAGUAAUUCCAUAGUGUGGAAUUAGUACUUUUACUGCAGUAAGGGAUCUGAAUACUUCUUCCACCACUGCAGACAUCAUUGUUCAGAUCUGUACGUUAAUGCAUCAGGCUGAGAAAUGAGUCUCACUAAGCACCACAGAGCAGCAGACCUCAACAGGGAGACGAACAAGCUGACAGAUUAUUUUCAAUUGUCUUGUUGCUGUGGUAACCUGCUGAGUUUCACUGGAAAACGCACCCUUGCCCAGCAAGUUUAACCUCUUACACUUAAUCACUUCCCACGCCUGCUGCUCUGUUAUUGACUGGGCUGAGGGAGAAACCCUGCUGCUUCUCCUUCAGCCAGAGUUUGACAAUACACUAAACAUGAACAGCUCUCUGAAGGCAGGAAACCUGAAUUUAAACAGUCAGCGAAUAACUGUUGACUGUUUCGUCACUUUGUAUCAAAAUCUGAUUUCCACCCAAAUUACACAUUUCCAGUUUUGCAGAAGGACAAGUCCCAACAUGCCCUGAAAAUCCAUCUGCUCUCAAACAGUCAACUUUUUCUCUGUUUCCUGGCUUUUGGGAGGAGCUGUUUGUGUUAAAUUAGAUUUUCCAAUGGACAUCUUUUCUAAGUGCCAAGACAGGAAUUAGGUUCGUUCAUAUCAACAAUCAAACAGCAGCACUGAGAACUUGAUGAUUCACAGGCAAGUGAAAAUUUUUUGCUGUGUUGAAAGAGCAGAGAGGGAGCAGGCCGCAGUCCAACAGCAGGAAAACAACCUCUCUUAUCAGUCUAACAGACGUCGGCAAAGAUGGCCAGCCUGCAGAAGCUUGUGGCGGAGAGGAAGGACAUGGUGGAGACGGUGAUGGAGGUGUUUGAACAGGGAGCCGAGGUGGUGGCCAGUAUCGCAGGUGACCUGUUCCCCAUCUUCUCCAUCGCCGCUCCGAUCGUUAAACUGGCUCUGGACAACGUGGAAAGCAAAGAGGCUGUGUUCAUGAAGGAGCAGUUCCAGAAGGUGCGGGAUCGUCUGGAGGUGGUGUCUGAGGAGAUUCAGCGGAUCAACGACGAGAUCAAGAAGAGCGGACUGGACGCUGUGUAUUUCCCGGUGGAGGAGAACAUCACUAACCAGUUCAGGAAGUACAUGGACAUCCUCAAUGCCAAACCCAAGUUCCGGGAGGUCAAGAAGAAGCUUUUCCUGGACCAUUUCGCCAAAACUGGAGGUGACAAAAACCUCAACACUCUGUACAACUCUGUGACGGGAGACAACUUCUCUGGGGAAUCUGUGCUGGAGAUCACGUUGAACUACGAGGAGAAGAGUCGGCGGCCGGUGGAGGACUUCUGUGCCCGGCUGAAGAAGCUCUUCUGCAUCGGGCUGAUCGCGCUGCUGGGCCACGCCGCUCUGAAGGGCUACGAUGAGGAGGACGCGCUUCUGAAAGACUGGGGUGAGAAGAUGAAGACCGUCCAGGAAAAGAUGAACAAUGUCAUUGAAGACUGUAUCACCAGCUUCCCCAUGCAGGCCGAGAUGGAUUCCCGUCGACUUGUGAGAGACGAGACCAACCUGACCAACCAGCAGCUGGCUGAUGCUCUCAUAGAGAAACUGAAGAAGAAGUAUGACUGGGUGGGCUGGUCCGUGCGAGUAUUCCGGUCCCCUUCAGGCCUGUUCGCCAACAAGAAGGAUUACCACUGCCCAACAGGAAGGAGCCGCUUCCAGGUGCCUUCAUCGGACGAGAAACUCAACGUCUGGGUGUCCUACAGCUCCUCGGCCGAGCCCGUCGACAAGAACCGCAUCCAGCAGCUGAUCCAGAGCCAGAAGAGGCUCUCGGUGGUGGGAGUGGCAGAGACCCUGUUCGAGAAGCUUCCCGGCGCCUGCGUGGUCCACACGGUCAAAACCAGCAGAGACCUGGGCUGCUCCUGGAGCUUCACAGAUGAGCUCCACUACUGGGACGAGCACAAGAACUUCUUCGUCUGCGUUCACUCGGCUUAAAAACUCUCUUAAGUCCCUCAAAUCUGGAGUCUGUCUGUCUGUUGCUGCCUCUCAACAUGACGUGUGUCUUUAAGCCUCUUUAACAGAUUGUUUCUCUUUUUUCUAAGAGUGGUUAGUGCAGUGCAUCAUGCUCAUUUUAUUUAUACAGGGCAAUAUAAGAAAUCCCAACAUGCCUCUUUUACAGUCUCUGCAGCACAAUGUGACACUUUAUAUUGAUUCAGAUAAGGAACAAAACCUUUAACCUUUUAUAGGAGAUAGAAUAGAUGUUAUGUGUGCACACUUCUUCAAGAAAGUCAGAUAAAAUAGAUUUUUUUACGAAGAAUAUAUAUAUUUUUUAAUAAGAGCUCACCCCCUUUUUUUAGGCCAGGGGUCUGAAACCUGCGGCUCCGGAGCCACAUGUGGCUCUUAAGGCCAUGCAGUGGCUCCAUGUGGCUGUGACAAAAACAAAAAUAAAAACAUAUAUACAAGUUGAUUUUCAUUUAUCAUUGGUGUAGGCCCAAAGCAAUUUGUAUUCUUCAAUUGUAAAAAUGUGAAGCUUAUAUAGGCAAUAAAGCAUUUUUUAAAAACAUAUUAGUCAGCUAAAAUGUGCAUCAUAGCUUACAAAAAUCUUAAAAAGCUUUAACCUAUAAAUUUGCCAAGUCUAGUUUUGAGGUCUAGCUUUUAAUUCCAAACUCCAAAAUCAUAUUAAUAAGUGUUCAUUUUGACCAAUUAGUCAUGUUGGUAGACUAAUUUAGACUCAGGAGACGAUUUUAUUUUUAUUCAAAAUAAGGUUUGCGGCUUGAUUCCGUCAUUUUUCUCUUAUUUUGGCCAACAAUGGCUCUUUUGUUGGUAAAGGUUGCCGACCCCUGGUUUAGGCUGUAUCACAUCUCCUCUUUUUUUUUAGGAAACUUCAUUCAACGUGAUAAUCUACAAGUUGACAAUGAUGAGAAAUUCUGCUAAAUGAUCUACGACUAUUUUCUCUUCCGCAGCUUUAAAUUUCAGGAGGUCGUGGUUGUUUUAGGGAAAGUUGUUGAUUGAGAAUGCGGCUGUCAUACAGAGAUUAUGUGCUGCUGCUGGUGAGCAGUGACCUCGCCCUGCGGAGGACGAAACAACCAAAGCCAUGAGAGAGAAAACGUCUCCACACAUUUACAGUUUCUAACACAAACUAGAAAGCUGCUGUACUGCACGAGACAAGCUGUCGUAGCCAUGAAACUUUAUUUACCUGCCACGAACAUGCUGAGGCGUAGUCACGGCAACACUUUGUUUACAUACAGAUGCCUGACAUAUCUGCUCCUGUGUCACGUCUUUACCUGCGUGGUUGUGCAACACAGUGGAAAGUUGUGCCUGCUCAAAGGUGGAAGAUUUACCUUUACAGAGGUGGGAUUUUGGAGGAUAUAAAUUGUGGGUUUGGGAUCUUUUAUUUUUUGAGAUUUUGAUCAAAUUGUGUAUAAUCUGAACACUAUGGGAAGACGCCACUGACUGUUUUAUAUCAUUUGUUUUAAGUUGUAAACAGCUGUAAUUUGUGUUUCUGUUAUACUUUAAGUGUAAUACAUUCUAUUAUGUGACCAAAACAUGCCCCAUAUCUACUGUACAAUUAUUAGUGUUCUUUUAUAUUAUUUCUACUAUUUCCACACCGUAUAUUUGGGUUAUCAGAGUCUCAGAUUCAAAAUCCUGUUGGUAGACCAAAGCAAUGCAUUUUAUAAAUCUUACAAAUAAACUCAGUCAAACAUACUUUUCUUGUAG